GGCAGGCUGAGGCAACAGACUGCGGAAGAACGCUUCCAAGAUUGAAAUUUGAAGUCCCCCUCCCCAGGCUCGGAGAAGAAGAAUUGGAAUGAAAAUGAACCCUCUUAUGUGGCACAAAGUAGCUGGCGUUUCUGGGGUAGCUGCCCUCGCAAUGGGCACUUAUGGCGCCCACGCCUUUAAACCUAAAAACCCUGCUUACAACGAGGUGUGGAGGACAGCUUCAUUGUAUCAUUUAGUUCAUACUGCUGCCCUUGUAGCAGCUCCUAUGACCAAAUAUCCCAACUUGUUUGGAGGACUAUUAACUACUGGAAUUCUUGCAUUUUCCGGAACGUGUUAUACCGUUGCAUACUUGGAGGACCGAUCGUAUGGAAAGGUAGCUCCAUUUGGUGGCUUUGCAUUCAUUGCUGCUUGGGCGAGCUUGCUUUUCUGAUGGAAGUGGCUGCUUCAGAUCGACUCAGAACUUGUCUUCCAAGUUACUGGCACCGUUUAUGUAAAGCUGGAUUUGAGCAAAACGCAUAUGCCAUCACCUCGACAGAUAACCAACCGAUAUAUAUGUGCUAUAUGUAGGAGAUGG